CUCACAUUGCUAUAACACAGGCGUACAGAGGAAGACGCACAGAAAGACCUUCCUGCGCAAAGCCCUCAUCAGGAGCAAAAUGACAAGGAGGACCCUGCGUGACAUGCCUCUGGCCACGGUCCUGCUGCUGUCGAUGCUGGGGCUUGCCUUUCUGAAGGAGGUGGUGGCUGAGACAAACUUCACAGAAUGGCACAGCCCUGUCUUAAACCUUAGAGGCUGUCCUCCUCCAGAUAAGAGCAACUUUGUGAAGCUGGACAUUCGCCCAGUAGGAAACCCUGUAAUGAUCAGGGCACAGAACCUCCAGAACCGCUCCCUCUCCCCCUGGGAUUACACUGUCGACUGGGACCCCAACCGCUACCCCUUCGUAAUUUCUCAGGCCAAGUGUAGGUACCUGGGCUGCGUGGAUGCCCUGGGGAGGGAAGACAUGUCCAUGAACUCCGUUCCCAUCCAGCAAGAGACACUGGUCCUCCGGAGGAAGAUUCAGGGCUGCAACGUUUACUUCCAGCUGGAGAAAGUGGUGGUGACCGUUGGCUGCACCUGUGUCACCCCCAGGGUCCGUCACGUGGGGCCCUGAGAGCAGCUAUCAACUCAGCUGGAGAAGCAGCACUUCUUUCCCAGCACUCUGCAGCAAGUCCUGUCAAAUCCUCAGUUCCUUCCACUUCACAGGACUCUUUACCAGACUGACAUGGAAUCCUCAAAGCUCUGUAUUAGAUAUAAUCUUAACUUUCUGAGGUGCUUCAAAAUUAUUAGAUAGUCCUAGAUGUUCCAAUGUUCCAAUGCCCUGAGAAUGGCUGGAGGAGAAUUAUGGAGCCUUUGGUCCCCUCUCUGUGUUAUGUGAUGACCACCUCCAAGCCGUGCCAUCCGCCUGGCCCACUGCCAUUCCCUGUGGGCUCUGCUGGCAAAAUGGGUCUCUUUCAUGUAGACAGAAAUGCAGAAAAUAUAAUCACAAUGUAUGUAUUGAAUUUUAUAUUAGAUUAUAUAUAAAAUAAUAGGAGAAAA